AAAAAAAAAAAAAAAAAAGGAAACGGCAAGCAGGGGUAUCCAGCCCGUUGGCAGACAAUUAUAAUUAGGAGUGAAGGUUUCCUCCAGGGUUAAUUUUUCUUAAUGAAAAUCUAAGAGGUCGAUAUUUGGGACACCCGGGGCUGCGGUGAGGGUGCGGAUAAGGCGGAGGAAUUUACAGGGAAAAGAAAAUAUUAGGGAGGAGGGGGCCGAGGCGGCCAGGACCGGCCACGUGGGAGUUCAUUGUGUCGGCCACUUCCCUCUUCCGGCGCGGGCCGAGGAAGGGGCACCCGGUUGGUCUCUGCUCGGCUUGGCAGCCUCAUUCUCGGGGAGAGCCUGGCAUUUGAGGGUCCCCGCCUGGGAUAGGGGUGUAUCAGGGCUUGGGGGAUUACUGGAACAGUUGGGGAGGAUGAAGGCAAAAAAGAAGAUGGAAGCGACCGAUGCCGCCCGCCCGCCCUCGCCUCCAGGGAAGUGGGCUAAUGAGAAACACACUCUUGCAAGCACAGUGUUCACACGUGAAUUUAAUUACCCCGUUUUUAGGAGUCGCCUCUUUCUGUUCGGGUUUGGAGUAGCUUUUUGUUUUUGUUUUUCAAUUAACCUCCAGGCCGAGGCCUUUUAAUUUACCUCUGAAAGACUCUAAGGGGUGAGAAAUACCUUCCUCAAUUUGGCCAAACUAAGGAAUGGGAUUAAAAGUCAAUGCCCUGUGCCCCUCCCCGUUUUAAUUUCUAGCCCUGGACUUGAGCGGCGGCCCCUCGCUUUGGGCCUUGUAACUCUGCCGAGCCUCGGGUCGGGUGGGUAACCGAGGCGGGCCCGGGAUAGGAGCCAGGAAGGAGCCCUGAAGGACUCAUACGGGGGCCCGGAGGCCAACCGCUCCGGUGCGGGCCUCCCAGCUACUGGAGCCGCGGGAUCUCUUAGGCGGGUCUGCCUUUUCGCCAGCGGACUCGCCUUUCAUUGAUAACUGCCUCGUGUUUUUUCGCAGCUCAGAUUCAGGGAAUGCGACGAGGCCUGCAGAGCUCAGCGUUAGGGCCUUCGAGGUUGGAGCACGGGGCUGGGCCGCCUGCUGCGUCCGCCGGGGGUGGGGGAUAGUGAUUCCGGGCUGACCACGAGCAGGGCGCGCUGGGCUCGCGUGUGCGCGGGGUUGGGGCCGAGCGCGCGUCACAACCAGGUCCGCAAGCCCAUCGCCUCAGGGACGGCUGGCCGCUCCUUUUCUGGCCGCUCCUCGAUCGGGCCCUCGCUGGAGGCUCAGUGGCGAAUUUGGUAGCUGUCCGGGCGCCCUGCGCUCCAGUCGGGCAGAUUCCGGGGGCCCACAAUAGGUGCCGCCCUCUCGGCGGCCCGUCCCUGCCCAGCGCUCUCCGACAGGGGCGGUGGUGGCUCAGUUUGGGACGGAUACUGCGUUGAAUUUGACUUUUCUCGACCGGCCCCGGGUAAACUCGCGUCUCCUGGGACCACAAGGAUUAUUUACAGGGAGCUCGCCAACCAAACACAACAGUCUAAUUUAACCUUUCCAAGUCCUCGUAAAUUUUUACAGCUGGGAGCCACGACGAGUCAAACGGAUCUGUUGGUCGUUCCCAACUUCCCACCAGCCUGUGUGGCUUCUGAAACAAUAACUCCUUAUGAAAUAUCAUAAAUAUAGAUUUAAAUACAGUAGAGCGAGAAUGCGAUUUGGCUGCCUUUUUAUGGCUUCAAUUAUUGUCUAAUUUUAUGUGAGGGGCUCCGCCGGCCGCACUUGCACGCGGGACCCGCGCCUUGCUGAUGGCGUGAUUAAUUGUGAUGUAAAAUAGUCCGCUUAAGAAGUGUAUGUCUGGUGGUGGCCGUGGGAGGGGAAGGGAGUACAGCGGCAAGGCCAAAUUUGAUCUUUUAAUCUUCGUUGGCCACAAUUAAAACAAACCCGAUCGUGGAGCGCUGCGAUCCCUUUGCAUAAAAACAUAUGGCUUUUGCUAUAAAAAUUACGACUGCAAAACACUGGGCCAUUAAUAGCGUGCGGAGUGAUUUACGCGUUAUUGUUCUGCCGGGCGGGCACGUGACGCGCGCGGCCAAUGGGGGCGCGGGCGCCGGCAACUUAUUAGGUGACUGUACUUCCCCCUGGUGCCACCAAGUUGUUACAUGAAAUCUGCAGUUUCAUAAUUUCCGCGGGUCGGUCCGGGCCGGCCGGGCGCGGGGCACGGCGAUGGCCACCACCGGGGCCCUAGGCAACUACUACGUGGACUCAUUCCUGCUGGGCGCAGAUGCCGCGGAUGAGCUGGGCGCGGGCCGCUACGCGCCGGGAGCCCUGGGCCAGCCCCCCCGGCAGGCCGCGGCGCUGGCGGAGCACCCCGAUUUCAGCCCGUGCAGCUUCCAGUCCAAGGCGGCGGUGUUUGGCGCCUCGUGGAACCCGGUGCACGCGGCGGGCGCCAAUGCGGUGCCCGCGGCAGUGUAUCACCACCAUCACCACCACCCCUACGUGCACCCCCAGGCGCCCGUGGCGGCGGCGGCGCCGGACGGCAGGUACAUGCGCUCCUGGCUGGAGCCCACGCCCGGCGCGCUCUCCUUCGCGGGCUUGCCCUCCAGCCGGCCUUAUGGCAUUAAACCUGAACCGCUGUCGGCCAGAAGGGGUGACUGUCCCACGCUUGACACUCACACUUUGUCCCUGACUGACUAUGCUUGUGGUUCUCCUCCAGUUGAUAGAGAAAAACAGCCCAGCGAAGGCGCCUUCUCCGAAAACAAUCCUGAGAAUGAGAGCGGCGGAGACAAGCCCCCCAUCGAUCCCAGUAACCCGGCUGCCAACUGGCUCCACGCUCGCUCCACGCGGAAGAAGCGCUGCCCCUAUACAAAACACCAAACGCUGGAACUGGAGAAAGAAUUUCUGUUCAAUAUGUACCUCACCAGGGACCGCAGGUACGAGGUGGCACGACUGCUCAACCUCACCGAGAGGCAGGUCAAGAUCUGGUUCCAGAACCGCAGGAUGAAAAUGAAGAAAAUCAACAAGGACCGAGCAAAAGACGAGUGAUGUGACUCAAGUUAAUUUGAAAAGAGAGCGAGCUAGAGAGAGAGAACUGCCCGUCCCCUUCUCCUAACCCCCACCCCACCCCGGCCUCCACCACCCCGCAGAAAGCGGCUCUAAACUCCAGGCCUCAUCUCCCCCUGGCAAACCCUGCUCAGGCUGGUUCCUUGGCCUGCCGCUUUGAUGGAGGAGGUAUUGUAAGCUUUCCAUUUUCUAUAAGACAGAAAAAGGGGGGGGGCAUUAGCGCUGAUGGCUGUAUGUGCUAGCUUGUAUAUAUUUUUAAAAAAUCUACCUGUUCCUGACUUAAAACAAAUAAACAAACAAAAAAAAAAAACUACCUUUUUAUAAUGCACAAGUGUUGACGGCGGGCUGUAUAGUGUUUAGUCUGUGUAGUUAAUUUAAUUUGCUUUUUGUGCGGCAGAGCGAUCUGCCCAGAUACUUGAACACUGUGUUUUAUUGUGGUAAUUAUGUUUUGUGACUCAAACUUCUGUGAUGGGUGAUGCACCCGUUGUGAUUGUGAAAGCUAGAAUUCGAUUUGAACUCAGGUUGUUUAUGAGGGGAGAAAGCAUUGCAUAGGGGUAUAGCUCUGUAGUGGAAUAUGUCUUCUGUAUAACUAGGCUGUUAACCUUUGAUUGUAAACUAGCUGUAAGGAUUUCCCAGUGAAAUAAAAUUUUAAAAAAAGAAAAGAAAGGGUUCUGCUGGACGCAUAGAUUCAUGGUUUUCUCCAUUUUUGAAAUGCGGACAUUUUAGUCUCUACAUGCUCUAUAGACCUGUCUUGUCCAUUGUGUAUAUAUAAUCCACAUAUUAAAGAAAAAGUAAUCAAACAAGUUUGAAUAUUGUUUUUGCACCAAACAGUAAGGAAACUUGGAGCUAUACGUGUGUGCAGAAGGUUACUACCUAUGGUUUACGUUUAAUUUUAAUUGGGGGAAAAUGAAUGCUUAUUGUAAUGGAGUUAAUUUUAUUGAUAAUAAAUUAUACACUAUGAAACCGCCAUUGGGCUACCGUAGAUUUGUAUCCUUGAUGAAUCUGGGGUUUCCAUCAGGCUGAACGUACACUGUGUAUUUUGCAAUAGUUACCUCAAGGCCUACUGACCAAAUUGUGUUGAAAUAUUUAACUUUUUGCCAAAUAAAAUAUUGAUUCUUUUCUAA